UACGUUUUUAAAGUGACGCCUGGCGUCGUUCCUGAUAUUCCAGCGAUCCUGCGCACUCAGAUCCUGUUUCCCUCUCUCUCGCACCUCCCACCAGCGCGCUCCUUCCAGGAUAGUCCCGGAUUGUGAGUCCUUUCACUCGUCAGUUCAUCCUGCGACUCGAGACAAGUCGGUUGCUCCGAGUGACUACUGAUUGCUGGUACCACGGGAUUAUAGAGGAGUAUCUACUUCCUAGUAACUACUACUGUUUCUCAUCUAGUACGGGAGUAACGUCUGCAUAGCGUCUGCGGUGAUUACGCCAGCCGCUACUGUUUUGAGUUGAGUUACACUUGUUCGGUCAGUCGUCUGUCGGUCUUGCGCGUAAUUUGUUGUAGUGAUGGCCACCUACGCAGCUUAUCGUCACAUUGAGUUGGACAACAUCGGUUAUGGAAAGAAGAGAGUGCUGAAGCCACCGGGCGGCGGAAGCAGCGACAUCUUUGGAGGAUCAGAGUCAGCUUCGGAGGUACGCCGCGUGGCGCGCGCCAAGCAGCAGACGAGUCAGCUGUUUUUGGGCUCGAGCACCAGCAGCAGCAUCACUAGCAGCAGCAGCAGCAGCUCGGCUAGCAGCACUGCAUCAGACCACGCCGAUGCUCCCUCCAAUGGCGUCGCGUCUGCUAAAAAGACGAACGGUACGUCUUCGUAUCAGCGCCUCUUUGGCGAGUAUCAGAUACCGUCGACGCCCUCGAAAAAUUACAUGAAAAGUAACAUUGUGCUGGAUUGUGUGGAGACCGACUCGGGAUGCGGCAGUAAAACCGGCUCGUCCGGGUCUGGGUCACAGGCGUCGACCCCGGAACGCGGCAAUUCGCCCAGAGAGUCGAGCAAGUCAUCGCUACGUGGGUCUCCUCCGCGCAACCCAGUCACAGGUGACGGCUGUGACGUCACUAGGCGACACAACGGUCAAAGUCUGUCGGCGCGACGACGAGAUGGAAAUCCAGUGACGGGAGAGGGCUAUGACGCUAGCAGCAAGCCAAGCACGCCACUGACCAAUGGCAACUUGAGCCCCCCCUCUACUGCGCAGGCGCGUCAGCGUGUCCCCCCCGGCGGGUUCUCCUCGGGAUUAUGGUGAAGGGCAACUGACUACUCCAUCCAGCCCCAACCCUUUUUCAAUUAACCUAAACUAUAAUAUUAUAUUUAUCCCUCUAUUGGACCCUGCUUGUUAUCGUUUGUCCCGAAAAUGUUUUGUAUCUGUGUUGUUUUCAAUAAAUUCGAUAUUGGUUUUUGUCAUGGUUUAUUGCUAAACAAAAUGAUGGAGCGAAAACUGUAUUUUUGGUCCCGACCUCGUAUUUUGACAGAAUUGAAACACGAUCUACAUUUUUUCUGACUGUUUUUAGACAACUCCAGGUCAAAAAUUUGCUGUGGAAUUGAAAUUAUUGCUGAAGGUAUUCACAAAAAAUGAAUAUUGGAUCACAAACUAUAAUUUGAUUAUCUUGAACUUAUUUACAGUAUUAAGCGACUGCUCCAAUCUCCUACUAUUUUUCCAUGUAAACUGUAUUAUUUGAAAUUGCUCUAUUCUUGAAAAAAACAUGAAAAUGUAUCCUAUCUAUUUUAAUUCCUAUUGGAAAAUGAUUCUUUCUCACAAAAGCAAGUUAGCAUUUUGCCCAAACUGUUCUUAGAGUUGAUUUUUCUCUAAAUAAACUCAAUUGAAACAAUCUAGAACAUGGUAGAUUUCUCUAGACUGACUAAGUAUAUUAUUGUAAUGGUUUACAAUAUCAUUUCACUUGCAUGCGUUAAAAUGAUAAAAAUUAGAUAUAGAUAUUAAUAACAUAAUAAUUUAAUGAAAAUCGAGUAUGAGAACUGAUAGAUGGGUUCACAAAAAAGGUUUUAGUUAUUUAUAAAUAAAUGAGUCAUUUGAAAAGUUAUAACAACAAUAUUGUAUGCAUCAAAUUAAUUUUUCCCAAUUGCUUAAAACAUUAUUAAUACUUUUAAAAAUUGAACAAUUUAACGAAAUUAUGUAAACUAUAUCAUUUUCAUACAGUCUGAAAUAUCUUUUAGAAUACUGAUAAUUUGUAUAUUAACAACAAACUGUAUUAAAAUGUCUUUAAGUAUUUAAUGUCUAGUAAAUCUUUUAUUAAAAUGAAAGGUGACCUAAAUAGUAUAAUAAAUUCCACUUACUGUUAUUAAAAAGAGAUAAAAUUUUACAGUGGUUGAAUAUAUUCUUCAUAUACUGUAAUAAUAGUCAUUGUAAUAAUUAAUCAUUUGAGAAUGUUUGUCAGGAAAAAAGCGUUCUAAUAAUGUUGAAGAUUAUUUCUUGAAUUUAUAGAUCACAACUAUUUUUAAUAGGCUACGUAAAUAUAAAUACUACUACAUUACCAGAAAGAAAAUUUAUCACUGUAAUGAAUAUUUAGAUGACUUCUACUACAUUCAAGUCCUAGAUAAUCUUGUCUUUAGAGAAUGACUUUAUACUUAUUUUCAACAAUAUAAACCUAUACACUUGAAACUCUAUAUGUUUUUAUGGAUGUUUCCAAUUCUUGAAUUUCAAAUCAGUUCUCAUUCCAAAACCUUUAGUGAAGGUAUUUUCGAAAAUUUUCAAAUAUUGUAUGACUGCAUCUGAAAUUGACAUAAGACGUCAAAAUUGGGAAGAAAUUCGGGAUGAUCAAUAAUAAUAAUUGAGUCCCCCACUUGUGCCUUGACAAUACAACAAAGCUGACUGGAAAGAUGUAAUGUAUAUUUCAAUAGCUCUGUCCCAAAGUAGACAGUGAUACUUUAUGUAUUAUCUGUAGUAGAUUAUGUACUAUUCUAUUAAUUAUGUAUGUUUUGAUGUUAUUAAUUUAGUUUUUGUGUUGAAUUAUUAUCUUCUAUUUAUAAAUCUUCUUUUAUAAUUUGUACUUAAUAGUAUGUUGACAGAAUGUGCUUGUCGUAAGAGAAAGAUAAAUAAGAAUAUUCUGCUUAUGUCACAUUUUUGUAGAAUCAGUGUCUCCAUGAUUUGUACUGCUUAACCGUAUUGUAUUUCAAUAAAAUUUUGUAUUUAAAUAGAAGUAUAA